UAGUGGAGCAGUGCAUGCCGGGUAAUCUAUGACUGAAACAGGAAAUAUGGCUUGGAUCAGGGAAGGUUUUUAUAAAACGUAAGAUAAACGGACAAAAAUAACAGCUAGGAUGGCUACUGAAACAAACUCUACAGAGCUCGAAGAUGGAGAAAUCAACGAUCUAGAAGAUGGUGAGAUUGAAAGCGACGAAGAGCCCAAGAAAACGACACAAAAUGGACAAAAACACGAAGCCGCGACUCCAAGAUCCCCAAACCUCCCGACUUAUUCACGGAGUUAUCUGAAUCAAAAUCACAGAAAUUCUCGUGAUAUUAGAGACAAUGGUCCUCCUUGGAUUCCUACACGGAGAAAAGGGGAUAUUCCCCAAGUUAGACCUAUGGAAGAGCGAGAUUGGGGGCCUCCGAGAAUGCGAGUUCGGCCGUCAUUUCGAGGUCAUGGACCGAGUGGUAACAGAUCCGCGCCAGGGCAUUUUGAUAGACCAAACAACGGGUCCUGGAUUCAGCGUGGACCUCCUAAGUUCUCACCCCCUCAGCUUCCAUUGCGACCACCAGCACCACCUCUGAUGCGGUCACGUCAAAUCACUCCACCAGAAGAGAAAGAGUCCCCUUCUAAAGGAGAUACUGAUGACUUUGAUCUAUUGCUAGAACGGCACAAACUAAUCCAGCAACAGCUAGAAGCCUUAGAGAAACAGGAACAAGCUGCUUUAGAUGAAGAGGUAAUUGACGAUAGCUAUGUGGACAUACCAGUUGAAGACUUACGAAGGAAAGAUCAGGGGAAUAAUAAUAAUGAAGAUGAUGAUUUUGAGAUAGGUGAUGGUGAUAGUCGUGAUGCUGAGAGAAAACAAGAGAAACCAAAGGCUUUUGCCCCAUUCAAAAUUCGUCCCCUUAGGCCACAUAUACCAUCACUCAAGGAACUAAGCCAAAAAGAGAGUAAAUCAGAUGGCGGUGUGACCGAAGUAAUGCAAGCCCCAAGUGUUACAGACUCUUGUGCUAAUGCUACAAUCGCUAGUGAUAAUCCUAGCACUCUGCCUAAGAUCAAGGUACAAAUCAAGAAUCAGAGUGUGACAGCUCGGCGUAAGCGGAGACGAGCAAGAAGGCGGAAUAGAAAGGCAGAGAUGAGAUGGUGGUCUUAUAAACGUAAGGAUGAUGACACUGAAUCAUCUGCACCACAGAGUGUACCACCUGUUGAUGCUCACAGUGAGCUGGAGGAAAAGCUGCUUACUCUGGCUGUGACGCCUCUAGAUGACAUGGCCUCUUCACAGAUGAGAGAAGGUGAUGCAGCUGAGAGGCAGAAAAAGCGAAGAGAGCGACUUAAGCAGUGGCGAAAGGCCCGCUCAGUAAACCGGGACAGGGGACCCUCCCCUGGGCGGCGGAAAAAUGUUGCUGCCUUCGACCAGGAUGAUUAUCUUGAGGCGCCUAUGGAUGUGGAGAGUGACACUGGAGAUGGUCCAGAGUUACCCCUUAUAGAGCAAGCUGGAGACAGUUUCCCACCACCACCUCCCCCAGGGGAAAUCCAGUCUUAUGAUCCUUUGUACCCAUCCCAAACUCUUGCAACACAGAUGCCUCCAAAUUUGUAUGGGUUCUAUCCACCCGGACAAUUGAUGUACACCGAAUGGGCCUCAAAUGCCCACCAGCCGCAAGAUCCAUCAGAGAGCAGCACACUCAAAGCUGAUCAACAAAGAGAUGCCCAAGAAUCAGAAAUAGAACAACAUGAAUUGAGCCGGGCAUCAGAACCCCAGGGUGAUGAUGAUGAUGAUGAUAACGAUGAAGCUUCUUUGCUGAGAGAGCUCCUGUUAAAAUCUGUGGCCAAGAAAAGGGCAGCCAAAACUACCCUAAGCAAGGACGAAAAUAGUGAAACUGCAGAUCAACCGUCUCAACCAGCAACAACAACAGCAUCAUUAAAACCACAAAAUAACAAGCAGAAAGAUAGCAGUAAUAGAAACAGCACAAAAGCUACAAGCAGAAAGCAACCCCAGCCAAUGAUGUAUGCUCCGCCUACCCAUAAACCAGUGGUAAUACAACUUGGGCAAGACUCUGAUGACUCUGAUGAAGAUGAAGCCUACAAACAACAGCCCCCAGGGGGGAGUGGGUGGGGAUUUUUUGGCAGCCUAGAUCAGAUGAUCAAGCAAGCUCGACAAUCAGUAGAGAAAUCCAAGGUGCAAUCCAUUUCCCAUACCAAGCAAGCUAACACUCGUUCUAAACAAGAGGAGGAGCCUAUGAGUGCCGUACCCAAGACACCCGAUGCACUCAAUCACCUGUCGGAGGAUAGGAAAGCUGAGUACCGCCUGCUUAAAGAGCAACUGGCUCAGCGUGAAGGGAAAAGGAGACUUCCUCUUACAGACGUCAAUCAAGAGAAAGGGGAGCCAUUAUCUAGUGAAGGAACAGCCGAUGAGAGGGCUGAUGAGAGGGAGGAGAGCAGCGCCAUGGCAAAGCUGAGGGAGAAAGCCCAGAAUUCUGAACAGAACCUUGAAAAACAUAGAAAGCUCUUGGAAGAUGAUCGGGCUUUGCUUACUAAGCUUACCACUCUUAUGACCAAGAAAACAAGUCUUCUGGAAAACCAGGAGUUGCGAAUCAAGAAAUUGCGGGAGCAGCUUGAGGUCCUUGAAUCAGCAGCUUCGAGCAGCAAAAACAUUGUGAAACGACUUCAUGCAAAGGCUACAGUUGUAAAAGAAAGGAUCAGAAAGAAGACUGUUGUGAUCAGCAAUGCUGAAGAGGAGUAUCUCCGUGCCAAGAGUCUAGUGUCUGCUGCAAGAAUAAACCCUGGACUAUGUUCCACGGGGGGUGUUGAUGUCGAGAAUCUAAGUGUGACGGAUCAGCGGACAAGUGCAGCCAAGAGAGGGCAUGGAGCGGCUGAAGGAGCACUCUCAGAUCAGAGCUCUACAAAACGUGCAAGGCUAGACAGCCCAUCGAAGACUACUCGUAAACAGGUCAUUGCGGAGAGAAUCGCCCAGGAGAAAGCUCGUCUUCAGAUACUUGAAAAAGAACUUGCUGCCAAAUUGCGGGACUAUGGUAGGAACAGUGACUCCUCCAGUACAAAUUCUAAUAUACCCCAUGGUAAAAGUAUUCAAAUUAACAGUACAACAACACCUGGAACCCUCAGUGCGGGGCAAGAUUAUUCGAGUAGUGCAUCAAAUGAUACGGAAAAAGGUGCGAAAGAUGUUGAAAGGACAAAUGAUAGUGUUAAGAGUAAAACAAGUAGUUCCCCCAUGGAAAUAGAUGAUUCAAUGUCUGAUAAAUCGCAUAAAACUGAAAGUGAGGUGUUGGAUUUCGCAAUCACUGAAAAGCAACUUGAAUAUGUUAACAAACUCCAGUCCGAAAAGCAGUCCAAAGGUCUUGUUUUCCCGGAACAUUUGUUAGAAUCGCCUGUACCAUUACACAAAAGACACAUGCAGUGUAUAUACCCGUCUACAUCUACAUCCUCUAUUGUUGCUUCUACUGCUUCACUGGAGAAUCUGAGGUGGCUGGACCAGAGGGUAGAAAAUCAGUCUGCCCAAGAGGAACGUGAUGGUGGUGUUGAUGUUCCAGUGCCGCUUACACCAUAUGACAGUACACUGCUUUACUUCAAGUCAUACCGGCUUAGUCCAUAUUUCCGCACCAGGUCGAACCUCUUAUUGAGCUCACCAUCCUACUCCAACAAAAUCAGCCCUAAAGUGCUCUUCUGCAAGUACGACAUACAAGGUGUAUGCAACGAUGUCGAUUGUGCCUAUCAGCACCUCACAGACUACAUGCUGACAGAAACUGAGACACUCGAGGACCUGGCUUCUUACCUCUCAGAGGAGAAAGCCAAGAAAACACGCGAGGAGCUGGAGAAGAAAGUGGCCACCUUGGUCGGGUUCUUUAAGUCGCAGUACGAAGGGAAGGUCAGCUCUGAACAGCUUUAUGUGUUGCUGGCCAACAACGUGAAGAACACACGAAAGCUGGUCCCUCCAUAUGCUAUAAGUUUAAGUAGAAGGCUUGUACGACCACGGCAAGGCAAGAAGAAUGUGCCUGCUGAGGAGGAUGUACCGGAUAAGGCUCGAGGAGUGCUGAACAUCAAGGGAGGUGUCAUUGCAGGACACAGUGGGCUAGCAGCUCAUAAGGCUAACGAAGAAUGUCAGGAAAUUCGGUAUUUCUCUGAGGCCUACAAUUGUGUAGAAGCAUUAGCUACAGCUGUGAAAGAUACACCUAAUGAUGUUGAGCUCUGGAUAAAGCUUGCCCAGCUAAGGCUCAACCAGAAGCAGAGUGAUGUCCAUUCACCCAGUAGGCUACAGGAGGCUGGCAAGGCGAACUUAAUACAGGCCUUAGACACCCUAUCACGGGGCCUGGAGGCUAAUGCCAACUCCGAGAAGCUUUGGCUUGAGUACCUUCAACUCUAUUCUCUUCAAAGCACCCGAGAGGAUCAACAAGAGCUAUUCGAGCAAGCUUUGGAGUUUGUGCCAGAUGCUUACUCUAUAUGGUGGCAGUACCUUCGCUUCUCUACUACAUACCAAAGCAAGAGAUCUGUCUGCUACCGGCUCCUCGCGUUCCUUACCAAUGAGGGUACUCACAGCAAGAUGUCAUCAUCCACCAGAAGCGACACUCAGUCACAGAGAGAUGGCAGCAUCAAUACGAAAGACACCCAUUCUGACACCCUCUCACAUCGAGUGCUAGAAACAGUCCUCUACCUUGCCCAGGUUGAGCUUCACAGCGGACGACUCAAAGAAGGGAUCAACACCUUGAAGUGUGUGCUCGGUAAGGGCACACCCGAUGAUCAUGAUACCCCUGUCGUCGUCACCAGCUUGACACCCAGUGACCUGCUCAUGAUGUGGUUGGCAUACAUACACGUGUUUGAAUUCCACCACCUGCCUCAGCUGUGGUUUGAUCCCAAUGAUGGACAACCGUCUCGGAUGGUCAACAAGGAGGUGUUUGUGUUUCCCUGGAAAGUUGGGAAAGGGACCUCAUCUCCCAGCGAGAAACUACUUGCAAUGUUCCAUGAUGCUUUAAAGGCGUGUACUGUACGUAACAAGCUUGCACCAGAGAAAAUCUCCCUGUGCCUCCCAUUAUACAGUAACUUAAUAGCUCUUGAGCGGGCCUAUGAGAGGAACCACUCAGCCAAGGGAAUCUGUCGAAGACUUCUCCAGGGUGCUAGCUCUCAGGUCGAGCUUUGGCUGUACCUUGCUGCGCUUGAAGAAGCAACAGGAACACCUCAGAAUGCCAUUAAGGUGUUUGAGGAGGGGCUUAAGAAAACUGGAUUUAACGCAAGGCUGUCAUACUGUGUGGCACGAUUCCACCUUGAGCAGGGUAACCCAGAAGCAGCCAUACAGUCCCUUGUCCAAGCAGUCCAGGCCAAGUUUACCCAUGGGGCACAGGCAUCUGUCCACCCUACCAAACACAUGACUGCCCAGCUAAAGUGCCAGCCAACUGCCGACAUCCAGGAGACAGCCCUGCCUUCUACCAAUGGGACAGCUCAAUCUGCCAGCCAAGCAAUUUCUCCAUCUUCAAACCAGGGGUCGGCCCCAUCUGUCAGCCAAGUGACGACCCCAUCUUCCAACCAGGGGUCGGCCCCAUCUGUCAUCCAAGUGACGACCCCAUCUUCCAACCAGGGGUCGGCCCCAUCUGUCAGCCAAGUAAAGACCCCAUCUUCCAUUCAGGGGUCGGCCCAAUCUGUCAUCCAAGUGACGACCCCAUCCUCCAACCAGGGGUUGGCCCUAUCUGUCAUCCAAGUGACGACCCCAUCUUCAAACCAGGGGUCGGCCCCAUCUGCCAUCCAAGUGAUGACCCCAUCUUCCAACCAGGGGUCGGCCCAAUCUGCCAUCCAAGUGACCACCCCAUCUUCCAACCAGAGGUCGGCCCCAUCUGUCAUCCAAGUGACGACCCCAUCUUCCAACCAGGGGUCGUCUCCAGCUUCAUCUGCCUUUCAAGUGACGACCCCAUCUUCCAACCAGGGGUCGUCUCCAGCUUUAUCUGCCACGCCAGAGUCAGCCCCAUCUGUCUACCAUGCAGGGGCUGACCCUGUUAUCCUUUACCGCAAGCUGCUUUCACAGCCAUUGCCGUAUGAUUGUAAACCACCACCUCUCAAGCCUGGAGUGGAUGUGCAUGAUCUGGGUGAGGAGGGGGUUUACCUCUGGCUAGGAUAUUGCCUUUUCCUAGAACUCUCCCCCUCUGCAUCACCAAUCUGCCACCAGUACAACCUAUCAGCAAGUGCAUGCUACGAGACAGCGGUACACAGCACACUUGACCGACAGCAGUCACAGGCCAUAUGGCUAGAAUACCUGUUCUACACGCGUGACAGGGCGGGGCAAGGGGUGUCGACAGCUGGGGGGCUGAGGGCAUUGGGUGACCUUGUGAAUAGAUGCUUGGUCUCAUUUAGCACCAGCAUUGCAUUCCCUCAUUCUGCUUCCAACGUGUGGCAGGACUUUCGUUUUCAUAAUAAGGUUAUCAAUCUGUACCUGGGCUGUUUGCCAGAGGAUAGCCAUCAACUAGUCUACGAUAAGUACCUCAAAUGGUACCCACAGGACCUCCAUUUGGCGCAAAAGGCCUGUGAGCAUAUGAUCGCUACAGGAAGCCCUAAUCAAGCAAAGCGCAUUGCCGUGCAGUUUCUGUCCGAGAACCCCCACUGCGCCAGCAUGUGGCAAAUCGCCAUAUCUUUGGAGCUCCAGCGGAAUCACAGUAAUGAGGCCCGCAAGUUGUAUGAGCAGAGUACAGGCACCUUGCCCUUGGCCGCCACCCUGUGGAAAGAUUACCUGAUGUUUGCGGUAUCCCGGAGUAAAGAUGACCCCUCUACUGUGACCGCCAUAGCCAAAAAGUGCCGCGAGAACGGCGUCGAUAUACAGGACUUCCUAGAAACGCUCCUUGGUAGGAUUUCCUAGAAACGCUCCUCGGUAGGACUUCCUAGAAAGUUUACGGGAAAGGUCAUCCUGGCUAGGACUUCCUAGAAAUUCAGCUGGUGAGGACUUCCUAGAAAGUUUGCUGAAAGGUCAUCCCGGCUAAGACUUCCUAGAAAUCCCGAUGUUGGGAGCUUCCUAGAAAGUUUGCUUGAAGGUAGACUUCUAAGAAAUCCUGCUGUUGAGGAUUCCCUAGAAACAGUGCUUGAGGAAAAGUGAAGAGAUCCUUUCGUAGAAUCGAAUACAGAGUAAUUGCUCAAGUGGUGGUAAUGACAUCACAGAUGCUGCGUCUCCUAUUGCUCAGAUUCCACCAAUCGCUUUGAUGGACUGCUGUAAGGUUAACACGAUUUUAUUGGUUGGUUCACUCAACAAAAUAUUCCAUAUCAAAUGUCAUUAUAUUUACGCCCAGAACACUGCAAUGACAACUUUUUUUGAAUUCCUUAAUUGAAACAAGUAUGCGAGUCUUACAAGACUUCUAGCGCGUAGUAUGAAAUUGCUUGACUGGGUUGUGAAUGACUAUGGCUGGCAUUGCUAGGGCAACGCCUCAUAGCAUAGAUGUAAGGUACCGGGUGCGCUGUAAAUCCGCCAGUCUAACAACGGUGCAUUUCCUUAAACAUUUGGGAUAGCAGCAUUUUUGUCUGCCAGCCAAAUACUUUUAUAUUAUAGAGCUUUAUAAUUUGUAUUUAUGUGGAACUGUUAGAGUCUAAGGUUUGUAAAAUAAGAUGUUCAAUCUGUCAAAAAUACUUUUUAAUUCAAAUAUUUUGAUAAUUUUACAAUCCGUUCUAUAUUAUUAAACGCAAACAAUGCAACUUAGAAAUUCACAAAGCCAGGGCGCAGGUAUUUUUCCAAUUUAUUCCUGAUCAGUUAUAGAUAAGUCGCAGAUGAAUACACAUAACAGGUUUAAAGAAAGUAGAAACCUAUGACAGGAGAAAAGUCCAUGCUAAAACAGAUUUAAGCUAAAAGAAGGUUGAUGUAACUUUUGGUAUUGUUGCUGUUUUGUUUGCAACUGUUUUCACUUGUUGCUUGUUUUUUUACUUGUAAGUGUUGUUUUUGCUUGUAACUGUUGUUUAUGUUGCUUCUACAUAAGCACUUUCGUUUGAUUAUUGUUUUAUUGUUGUCGAUUUACCUUCUCGGGCUUACUCUAACACUUUCUUCAUUCCAAUCUCGUAUUAUUAUUGCUGUAGCGUUUAUGUUGCGUAUCAUUGCCUAACCAAAUUCUCUGUCGUAACGAUGUUUUCAGCAUUUCUCUUCAACAGGAACUUACUUUACAUAUCAAAGCAAAGGACUGCUUCAGUAAAAGGGACGGCUUCCUUACUUGACCUUUAAGUAUUGGUGAGCCCCCUUUUACACAACCAAGAACAGAGCAAGGAAGUAAUGGACUUGCCUUGCCCCCACUCAGGAGGGACCUCGCUGCGGAUUGGAUGGAAACAGGUCUGAUUGACAGAUCUGUAUAUUGUGUUCUUCCUUGGACUAGAGACUCUGUAUUCUCAGUAUGUCAUCAGUACUAUGGCUUGACAACCAUUGUUGGUGAGCUAAUACCACUCAAACAUUGCCUGCACGUUUCCAGGUAGAACUAAGUCUUGUAAGUUGACACAUAGAAUAGGGAAAAUCUUAUUUUGUAAGCUUUUUAGAAGUUCAUUGCUGACAUAACUAUAUUAAAACUUCGAAACCAUGAACCUUGAUAGAACUAUUAUUAAACUAAUGCCAGCUCCCGUUAUUGUGGUCACCAUUUUGAGAAUAUUUGACGUUUAGAGAUGACUGUAUAUAAACUACUAGUUGUCUUUGCAGAUCGACGCGUGCUACCGUGGCCACUUUCACAGUUUUUUUUUAAGAGAGCCAAUAAGAAUGCGAGGAACGUGUUAUCUGACAUGGGCUUCACUAGCCAGCCAGCGCUUCACUGCCCAUCAGAAAACGACAAUAAAUCAUCAAGGUGUCAAAGCUGUGACUCUCGCAUUCUGAUUGGCUUGCUAUCUCAAAGCUUUGUCUUGGUGGCUACGGUAGCGCGCGUCGCACUAUAAUUCUUCUAACUACAGUAGCAUACCUUGGUUAGGGUUAUGAGAAUCUAGAGUUUGAGCUACAGAUAUCUGCUCCACACUGCUUCCAAUAGUAAUCUUUUAGAAUUUCCUGACAAAACCCUGUAAAAACCCCCAACGACUCGACAAUAAAUUACACGAAUUUUAGAUUAUGUUUGGAGCUGAUGUAAAAAGGUAAAACCUCUAUAUGUGCAUAUCAUCUGGUAUGAUUGUGUAGUUGUACAUAGGCAAAAUUUAGAAAUAAAAAAAGAUAUUUGA